AUGACGACGAUGAGAAGAUGCCAGAUUACUUUUUUUCUAUUUUCCGUGGCCUUAACACUUGGCACAUGCUAUGACGAGUUACCUAAACCAGGCUAUACCAGAACGAUGUUGAAGGUCUCUCGAAGUCUUCCGGGUGAGACGGAAGAGCUGAAAGUGCGAACGAACGAAGGCAACAUGGCCACUUUAAUCGUCAAACGACGAGACAAAUCAUCGAUCAUCAAUGAUUCGAAGCUUACUCCAAAACUUGCUCAAGAAGAAUCAAACUUUACUGCGGAAAAUUUAUUGAAAAAAAAUUUUUCAAUAAAUGCGCAGAAUGAAUCGAUGCUCAGGAAUGAGGACGAAGGUAAAAGAAAGGAUGAAGUACGAAAACUCGAAGAAGCUCAAAUAGAACAGAUCAGGGCGACAAUCUCCAAAUCUUCAGAACUAAAAAAUGAAAAAUCAGAUAUUAAUCGUUCUGAUAGGAGACUGGCGUCUGAAAGAAGUCAACCUAUUGGCGUAAUCGAUUAUGGGAAUUGGACGCCGUUGGACGCGGGAGGAAGAGCUUUGAAACAAGAGUCGGAGGAAGAGGACGAGUAUCGAAACUGGAAACCGUUGCAGACGAACUUGGAGACUGCCGUCGAGGACAGAACAAACUAUGACAGAUUAGGCGAAGUUGCAUUUGGUAGCGAUAUCCUGUUUGCCAGGAAUUUCCAAGACCGAACUCGGAAGAACUUUAAAUUUAACGAUCAAAGUGUUGCGAAUGAAGACGGGUUUCAUUAUAUGUAUAUACCUCAUAUAGUGUCUACGAGAACGAAUAUUGGUGCCAACCUGUCGAAAAACCGAGAUGGCAAAGCUGUACCUCCGGAGGUAAUCGUUCGAUCGGAGAUCAACGUGAAGACUGCGUCAAAAAGAUCACCCAUGUCAUUGGACGUCGAUGGCACGCCAAUAGUUCAUGGUACGAGAGUAUCUGAUGAGCCUAUCGACAAAAUACAAACCUGGAGAAACGCUCGGGUUAUCAAUAACAAGCUUAUAACUUCCGAGGAUAGUCUGACGGUUACCGCAGAGCCUCCUGUCAAACCUUUCGAUGAUAACGCGGAAAAGAAGGAGAAGUUUGAAAAGUUCUUUAAAGAUGUUAAUCGAAGGUAUGGUCGCAACUACGACAAUGAAGCCCACAACGUGUACUUCGAGUGGGAUCCGAGGAAUUACAAAAGCGAAGCAUUGAAAGCCGAGGUCUACGAGCCACGUAAUGACCAUUACCGUGCAAGCGUUCACAAAAGAAUGCUACAUCCGGACAGCAUUGCGAAUUAUCCGAUUUCUCAACGUUACACCCUCGAGAGUCAGACCAUAGCACCGGUAGCGUUGAAGCCUGGCGCGCGCGCGCCGGUUCUCCAGUACGCUCAUCCAGAGCUAGGCGUGCAACCGGCUAAGAUCCUAAAGAAUGAGAAACGCCGACCGGACAAUUUCCCGGAAAGUCAACAUUCAUUCACCGAGCAACGUCAUAAGAAGAAGUAUGUGCUGAACAAUAAGAACAUAGUGGACAGUUACACCACGAAGAACUACUAUCCGAAUCAGCACUUCUACGGCUUGAAACGACCGUACGAACCGUCCUUAUGGGUGAAGAUCUCCGAAAAUCUGAAGAAUCAGUUUUCCACCGGAGUCGAAAGGGUCUCGCAAUUCACUAGGCCGGUGAUCGACCCUCUGGUAGAGGCCACUCACAAAAUCUCGCAGAAUCUUGGUCUAUCCAAAGGCUCAACCAAGGAGGCUCAAAACAAGAUUGACACGGUAGCGACAGGUACUAGCAUCCUAAUCCCGGCUCUAGGUCUCGUGGCAUCUGGUGCCGCACUCGGCAUAGGCGCCGUGGCGGUUGGUCGAUAUCUCGACGUCGACGUUCUGAAACGAUCGAACGCAGACGAAGACGAUCUGGAACAUAAGCGUGCCUUGGAAACUGGAGCGUAUUUAACAACGAUCGAGAAUGAGAAUCUAAGAUUGAACGAAGCAACGCCGCAGACCUUGUACGUUCUGCAGAAUGUUCCUCAGAACGAUAAAGCGAGAAACGAGGAUAUCGAUUCGGUAGAAAACGAUGGGGUCUUCUUGGUUCUGGAAGAGGAUAAACGAAACGCCGAGAAAAUUGAGAAUCGAGAAAGUAAACAGGUGGUGGACGAAGCCGAUUAUGUGGAAACUAAUAGACGUAAAAGGAGAAGUCUCGAUUAUCUAGAUAUCUUUAAGGCGGAUACUGACAUGAAAAAUCUGGUACGCAGCAAACGCUUUCAGAGGAAAGGUGCCGAUUCUAUCAGCGAGAUCGUGGAAAUCGAUCUGCCUGCUGGCUCAGAUCGCGUCGACAUCACUGAAUUCCUAAUUCCGAAAAAGAAUAAAAAGAAACACUUGAGUGGAAAUGCUAUUCUAGUUGUCGGAGACAGUUUAAAGAUCCCAAUUGAAAAUCUUCAAAUGGACUUGUCGGAUCAGAACAGAUUGAAAACUACUGCAAAAAUGUUCGGUGAUAAUUCUCGGGACGCAGCUUCAAUAAAUGAAGAUAAUGGACAAAGAAGAAAAAAUAGGAGACGAAAGCGAAGCGUCGAAAAUGAUCAAGAGCUUCAGGACACGCUACAGAAUCUGGAGAACACAGAAGUGGCGGAAGUUGCUCACAUACAGGGCGAUUGGACGAACACUCCCUGCGCAAAAAGGAUAUUUUGCGACACGAUGCUUCAAAGAGAUUCCGACGCCUCAGUGCUUAUGGAGAAAAAAAUGGCGGCCUUAUUGAGACUAAUUCAACCUGGAGCAGCCGUACAAGUAUCCAAUCACUUCCAGGAGGUUAUGGACGCUGUCAGGAGACACGAUUGUUCCAGCUUCCUGUGUCCACAGACGAGACCCGGCAACAUCUUCUCUUAGACAUGCUUGUAGUUCUUAAAUUGCAUCAUGACUCUUCUUC